GGGCGGAAGGAACCUUCAUUUAACAACAGCUACUUAUCUCCCACAACACAAAACAACAAUACGUUACCGCUUAUACAGUCUUAAAUUAUAAUAUUUAUGUUGUUCACUAUAUACUUUUUAAAAACAAUCUAUAUUCUCAAGUUUUCGUAUGAAGCGGGAUGGCUAUCAACAACCCAUCGGUGUUUCUGUUGAUGAUAAACGGACAGAUAGAAGGGGCGAAUUUUCCAGAGUAUGAUGACCUGUACUGUAAAUACUGCUUCGUCUACGGACACGACUGGGCUCCCACCUCGGGUCUAGAGGAGGGUAUAUCUCAGAUUACGUCAAAAGGCAGAGACUCUCCUCAGAGAAUGAUCUGGAAUUUUCCUCUGGAGAUCACCUUUAAGAGCACCAACCCAUUAGGCUGGCCUCAGAUCGUGGUAAGUGUCUACGGUCCUGAUACGUUUGGUAACGAUGUGGUCAGAGGAUACGGAGCAACACACAUCCCCUUCACUCCUGGACAACACAGCAGAACCAUCCCAAUGUUUGUUCCUGAAUCCACAUCAAGACUACAGAAAUUCACAAGUUGGCUGCUGGGGCGACGUCCAGAGUUCACCGAUCCUAAAGUCGUGGCCCAGGGAGAGGGCAGAGAAGUGACCAGGGUCCGUUCUCAGGGUUUCGUCUCCCUCUCCUUCCACAUUGUGACUAAAGACAUGAAGAGACUGGGUUACGACACCACACCUUCCGAGACCUCACACACUCUGUCACACACUGCUGCUGCAGGCAUCGGACCGGGAGACCAGCCCUACAGCACGUGACGGAAACACACACACACACACACUGCAGGCAUCGGACCGGGAGACCAGCCCUACAGCACGUGAUGGAAACGCACACACACACUGCUGCUGCAGGCAUCGGACCGGGAGACCAGCCCUACAGCACGUGACGGAAACACACACACACACACACUGCAGGCAUCGGACCGGGAGACCAGCCCUACAGCACGUGACGGAAACACACACACACACUGCUGCUGCAGGCAUCGGACCGGGAGACCAGCCCUACAGCACGUGACGGAAACACACACACACACACACACUGCUGCUGCAGGCAUCUGACCGGGAGACCAGCCCUACAGCACGUGACGGAAACACACACACACACACACACACUGCUGCUGCAGGCAUCUGACCGGGAGACCAGCCCUACAGCACGUGAUGGAAACACACACACACACUGCAGGCAUCUGACCGGGAGACCAGCCCUACAGCACGUGAUGGAAACACACACACACACUGCAGGCAUCGGACCGGGAGACCAGCCCUACAGCACGUGAUGGAAACACACACACACACACUGCUGCUGCAGGCAUCUGACCGGGAGACCAGCCCUACAGCACGUGAUGGAAACACACUGUCACGUAGAGUAGGCCAGAUGGCUAAACUGGAUAUCCUAACCUCUAUAAAAAUAAAAAGAUGGCGGAACCGCAAAAGUU